CCAGCCCAACCUGCUCCCCACUCCCCAGUCGGCCCAGCCCACCACGACCAGCCCCCCCCCCUUCAGUCACUCAAACGCACCCUCUUUUCUCUCUCUUACUGUGUGCCAUUCCCUCCCUUUCCGUACACUUCCUCAAAGUAGCCAGAGCUCCUCUCUUUUCUCUUGUCCACAUCCUUCCAGCACCCCUUUUCAUUGCUCAGCCUCGUCCAUCCUCACCCCACCAACUUUCUCGGCUCUUCACUUCCGCUUUUUUUCCCCCCCCAAAACUUUGUCUGAAGACUUUAGUUUUUGUUCUUGACCUUUACUGGGCGCCUCUUUCACUCCCCUCACGUGUGUGUGUGUAUGUGUGUGUGUGUGUGUGUGUGAGUGAGUGAGAGGUCUCUGGUGUCGCGCUCUUCUGCCUGAGGGAGUCCUAAAACUUUUUGACAGGAGCGAAGAUUGGAGAAGACUUUUCAUCACCAUGAAAGUUCAGCUGCUAUUCCUGCUGGCCCUGGUUGCCCCGUUCUGUGCCUUCACACGUGCAAGCCCCACGGCACUCCCUGUUGAAGAUGGGGCAGAUGCAGAAAUCUCCCAUACAGCUGCUGCAGCUUCAGAAGAUGUCGUUUUCACUGGUCCUCCCCCUACCGAACCUGAAGCGGUCCCUGCAGUUGUGGAUCCGACAAAUCCGCCGCCUGUCGCCAGUGAAGCUCCUGUAACCGACGCAGAGGCUGUUGUCACCCCUGCCGCGGAGGCUGAGGUUCCUGCUGUGGACACAGAAGCACCAGCUGUGGAGACCGAUGCUCCCUCUGUGGAGGAAGCAGCGGCGGUGGAGACGACGGCUCCUUCUGCGGAGGGAGAAGCAGCGGUUGAGGCUACAGCUCCGUCUGUUGAGGCUACGGAACCAGCUGGAGCCACCGUUCUUCCUGUGGAGGCUGCAGCUGAGACUGCAGGGCCCGCCGUGGAGGCUGCAGCACCCACUGAUCCCGAGCCUGAGACUGAGGUACCGGCUGAAUCAGGGGCUGAGGAGACGGGGGACAAAUCAGGACUGACUAUUGAAGAUGGCACGGACGAGGGCCUGAGCUCCGGUCAGAUAAUCGGCAUUGUGAUUGGCGCCCUGUUGGCGGUGGUUAUCGUCGGCGCCAUAGUGAUUGCAGUGGUGAGAAGGAUGGGCAAAUACUCGUCUCCCAAGAGCAAAAAACCUGCCAAAAAAGACAGCGUUGUGGUUUCUCCCCUGAGGAAGAAGGCGACCAAGCAGCAGGAACGUGCAAAGUUCUGGAAAUUCUGAACUACUGAACUAUGACAUCAGUUUUCAUCAUUAAAAACAAGCACGAUACCAGAACUUAACUAAUCUAACCAGGACUUCGAGCUGAUGUCAAACAAAGAGGAGAUUUGUGUGUGUUAAUGUAUAUACUGCAUGUACUGUAUUGUAUGUGAGACAAGAGGGGUUAAUGAGCCAACAUCCUCACGCCCCCUGCUAUCUCCCUGAUAACAGAGGAGCUGCUGACAUUAAAGAAUAUUUCUUCCCUUACUCCCUUGAAGAGAACACAACAAGGCGAAAGCAGGAUGUCACAGAGACCUUUGGUCUUCUCAAGUGCAUUUUGUUGAAUAAUGAGUGACGCAGUAGAAUAUCUGACAUCGUGGGAAAAAUUCCUCCCCGUUAAAAUGAUGAAGUGACUGAUGUUAAUGUUUAAGUCAGAGGAUAAAAAAGCACAUUAAUAGGAAAUACUGACAAAGCAAAAAAGUAUCAGAUGCACAGGAAGGGUGGGGUUGGAAAACAGGAAGUACGGUUCUAAAUUCCAUAGGACGUUUAUAUAUACACCGCAUGGACUCUACAUAGUAUACAUCUAAAGGCUUUUUCCAUUUCUGGCAGUUGCAUAGGCUCGCGUUUGAUAUUAUGGAAUGCAUAGUGUGUACAGGCAACCGUAGGCUUUUGUUGUAGGUUAUACAUCCCUGAGCACCAGUUGAAUGACUUUCUCAUGAGGCCAGAACACCUGACAUGUCGACCAACUGUAUGAAGCACAGUGUGCAGAAGUUGUCCCGACAACCCUCACACUCUCUUAGGGGCUAAAAGAAAAGAAAAGGCACUCUCGCUUGCAAUAGUGACGUGACAUUCUGCCAACCUUAACACUGACAUAGAAACACCUAAUACAUAUCUGUGAAAUUUAGCAGGGUUUGUGCCACUGUCCCUGGUAUUCUCUUGCUAGCUAGGAGGAUUUAAAGUUUUGAAGUUCAUUAUUAAUGGGACUUGACUGUACUUUUUUAACCACCACCCAUUCCACAAAAACAAACUCUUUAAUGACCUUUUUUGCUUUUUCACAAGCAGCGGUUGUUGAAAUAAUAGCAUUUUUCGUGAAAACCUUUUCCUAGUUCUUCUGUUAAUUGCUACCAAAUCAGCCAUCAGGUCCUUAACCCCAUAUUGCACACACAAGAUUACAUUUUAUACUGCCCGUAGUUUAGUUAAAAGUGCUUUUUUUAUUUUUAAGCGUGCUAAAUGGGUGUACAAAUGAUGAAGUUUCUGCUUACCCCUGCUUGCCAUGUAUUUAAUAUGUGCACUGAAUGAGUGGUGUAAUGUUUAAUGAUUUGGCUUUAGACACAGCAAAUGUUUGCAACGAUAUACUCAUUUCCUCCCCUCUGCUUUGCCACAUGAUUUUUCUUGUAGGUCUUUAAUUUGUGCCAUUUGAUUCAUUCAAACCUUUUAUUUAAUUGCAGUGUUUUUGUUAAUAUUGUUUCAAUAAAAAAAAAUUAAAAUAUGAAAAACCUCCCAA